CCACGUCACCGAGGGGCUCAACACGCGGCUCGGGGGCCACACGCGGCCGCCGUCCAGUCGGCUGGUCAAACCUGAAAGUUUUCUCCACUUUUUGUUUGUGUGUUUUUUUUAAGGUUCCUGGUGAACAUGACGUUUUUUCUGAAAAUGUUUUCAUGCAAACCCAUGAAGACCCGACGUGUUGUAGUAACAGAACCUGGCCAGCAUGAGGCGCUCUAACAAUGAAACUCUCCAGGAACAGAGGAGGUGACUGGGUUCGUGGUUCGGUUCUGGUCAGAGGGAGAAAUUACGUCAUAAUAUUUAGCUAUCAAAUUAAAUAUUUAAAUUCCUAACUAAAUACUUAAUUUCAAUAUUCAGUUUGUACAGUGAAGCUGGCGAAUGUUGGAACUCUGAUAUUUAUUCAUGUAUGAACAAUAUGGUGAAAAUUAACAGCCUCAUUUUUCUUUAUGAAAGGUUAAAGAAAGAAAAUUAUUGCUGUCAUUUUUUACUGUGUCACUUUAGAAAAGGUGCCCAGAAAUCCACCAAGUUACAACCGAACUUCUGGUUCUGGUUAACUGGAUCGGUUUAGACCGCAGCUCCGCCCAGUACCAGCAGAUGGUUCUGGUUCUGACCCAGAUAGCAGAUGGCUCUGGUUCUGUCCUGUGGCUGUUGGCUGGUUUUAAUAUUUCUGACCCACUUUAGUCUCUUCCCUGCAGAUUUCCUGUCUGACCUGAAAACAACGUUUCCAUUAAUCUGAGCUUUGACUACACCACUCUCACUGAGGUCAGAAACUUUGAAGCUCAUCUAGAUUAGUUGAACAUAUCGUAAAAAAAAAUCAGAAAUAAACUCAACUUAUGAUUUAUUUUUAAUAUUUGACUGAUUAGAGGAAAAUUAUUGUUAUGAAUUGUGUCUUUCCCUCCAUCUCUGUUAUCUGCUCACACACACCCUGCAGCUUACAUAACCAUGUUUAUGUGAGACUGCCGGCAGUCAUAUGUAAACAGCCUGAAACGGAUUAGACUGAACCUGAUUGGAGCCUUUAGGGAGGAACAGACUGCAGAGAGGAAUAAAAUGCUAAACUCUCCAGUCUUUGCCUCACCUGGUUCCGUCCAUCAGCUCAGUGGGCCGGUGCUGGACGGUGCAUGUCACUCUGGUUCUGAUCCGUCUGGAUGACAUGUAUGGCUUGUAACAUGUGAUCAUUUUUUAGCAUUAAAGCCUGUUUUUAUAACCAAAUCUCAUUAUUUCUCAAGGUACAUUGAGGGGUUCUGGUCGGGUUCAGGAACUGGUUACCGGACCUGGUGGAGCACAGAGACAAAAAUGAAUGAGGCCAAACGGGUGUUUAAGGCGCAUGCGCGGCCCGCAGGUGUGAACCAGGUGAGUCUGAUUGCAGUUGCUGAAAACGAGCGGAGAACAAGCGGCGUCCGGAUCCUCUGUCAGCGCAGAGAAACAGAGUCGAACCUACUGAUUCCCGGAACAUGGCGCCGCUGGGUUUGAAGCUGAUCCUCAUCGGCUUCAUGUGUCUCAGAGUUGAAGGAAGCUGCAGCGUGGAGAACUGCAGCGACCCCCGGACCUGCGUCCUAUCCGCGGACCGGAGGAGUUGCCGCUGCGCCGCGGGACUCUACGGCUCGAACUGCGGACACAGCGCGCAGCUGAAGGUCCUGUGCGGCAGAGACUUCAUGAGCAUCCGGGCCGCCGAGGAUUUCUUCUCCUACCUGAAGGUCCCGCUGGAGUCGCUGCACCUGCCGAACCGGUCGUGCCGGGCCCAGAGGGAGGUGAUCGCCGGGACGCCGUUCUUCAUGUUCCGGACCUCCAGGGAGAAAUACCUGGCCUGCGGAGGGAAACCGCUGCAGAAGAACUCGACCCACCUCCUGUACUCCCUCAUGGUCCAAUCAGAACCUCAGGUCAGCGGGAACGUUAUCAGAGACCCGGCCAUUAAAAUGGACUUCACCUGCGUCUACCCGAACCUGCGCAGGGUCAGCCUGCCGUUCCCGGUCCGGCCCAUCUCCAGCCAGAUGGUGAUGCAGGUGGAGGAGACGGACGCCACCAUCCGGAUGUUGCUGUUCGCCGACAGCAGCUUCAGCCGGGCCUUCAGCGGCACGCCGACCAUAGAGCUGCGGGACCCGGUGCAUGUGGAGGUCUCUGUGGCCGAGCCUGCGGACUUCUUCCUCCUCCGGGUCGACGACUGCUGGGCCAGCCGGUCCCCGCAGCCCAACGCCACCGGACUGCUUCACAGCCUCGUCCAGAACGGCUGUGUGGCCGACCCCACCGUGACCUUCCUCCCGCUGGCUGAGGACCGGGCCGGGCCCAACGGCCGAAGCUCCAGGGUCCGGUUCCGCUUCCAGAUGUUCCGCUUCACCGCUGGACCCGCCGAGUUCUACCUGCAUUGCAGCGUGCAGCUGUGCGAGCCGGACGACCAGCCAUCCUGCCUGCCGAGCUGUGGCGCCAUCAGGAAGCGGGAAGCCGUCAGGACGCUUCCCAGCCGCGGUCUGCUGUCCUACGGACCGAUCCGGGUCGAGGUUCCGGACCGGCCCGUGUCCAAUGUUCUGACGGUGGCGGUUCUUCCUGUGGCCGCAGUCUGGACGCUGGGCUUCUUCCUCACCGUCCUCAUCAUCGUGGCCAAGGCCGGCAGGAGACGGGUCCCCGAACCCGACGGCCCCUGACGGCAGGAAGCUCCAAUAAACCCUCUUUCAUCACUUCCUGUUUUCCUCCUGUUCACAGCAGCUUUUUAUAAAACUCAAAAU